AUGCCUGCCCCGUCCCCGUCCCUGCGAUGCUCGCGGCCAGGGGGAUCCACAGCCUUCACCGUGCCGCCGCCGAACCACACCUUCGCUCGCGGUGCCUCUGCCCCCGCUCUAGUCCGCCGCCACGGGCGCCGCAUCAUCCCCGCCCCUCCCUCGCCCAUCCCCUCCGGUCAUCCCGCCACCCCUCGCGUCGCACACACACCCCGCAUCCGCUCUCCUGUCCCUUCCCCUCCAACGAUUCCGCCUCCCACCCGUGCUGCACACACCUCGCCGUCACUUCUGUCCAUCCCACCUCCCCCCGCGGUUGUGUGCUGCCCAGCCCAUCUCCGCUCCUCGACAAGACCAAUGGCGGCCGCUGCGUCCUCCGCUCUGCACGCCGUUGGCGUCGUCGCCUCCGCCAAGCCCAGAUCCGUCGCCCCCGUGGUGGCAAGGAGGAGGAGCGUGCACAUGGAUCCCCAGCAUGACGUUGCACGAUACCCGUCCCCAGCCCACGCCUCCACCCGGCUCCCUAGACGCACGCACGCAGGCAGCGGUGGUGCC